CCCCUCCUCCUCCUCACCCCCAUUUCGUCCUCAUCUCCCUCGAGGAAGUCCAUGUCUUAUGAGGAGGAAGAACGAAGAGGAGACAGGACAACGGGCUGAUAAAAGUGGAGAGGAAGGCCGAAUUCAAGACGUCCUCUAGAUGGCGGUGUGAUUUCUGAUUGAUAUCUGGCGAAAAGGUGUUCAUCGCCAGCCUUGGAGAAGAGAGCCUGAAAAUGAUGAGGCGAGAUGGCGCCUCCGCUCACUCCGAGGCCUCUCGCGGUGGCGGCGCUGUGUCUCCUGGCAACACUGGCUGCUGCUUCAUCCUCCGCAGGGCGGAGGGCACUUCCCCCUCUCUCGCGUCUCAGCUCUGAGACGACCGAGGGGCGUCUGGAAAUCGGUUUCCAGCCAUCGCCGCCGAAAACGGCUGAAGAAACAACAGCCAGAGUGGAACGCAAUCAUUUCCCUAUCAUCGACGUAGAUUCGAGGAUAUAUAACGAAGGUUCGACCAAAUCCGUCGUCCAGGAGUUCUCUGAGCUGCCAUUACCGCCGUCGCCUGCCAACGAAGCCGACGGAGGAUCGAGAAAGCAGCGCGUCCGAUCAGCCCGCUACGUGACCGCCUCGCCGCCCUCCAGCGACUACUCCCUCCGCCGUCACAGGCACAAUCGCCUGACUUUACCCUCGUGGCUUGACGGGGGCGCUGAAGAGGCUCCGGAGGAAGGAGCGAAUGCCAUCAGACGCAAUCCAAUCGAGGCGGGGAUCGAGGCCGUCUUCAGGAGCGUUGCGUACCGAGACGAGGGGAAAAACAACCUCCCGACGAAGGAGAGUAAUGGUGACAGGCGUCGCUCAGGUACGACGGGCAACAGGUACGAGAGGACGACCGUGCUGAGCGAGACGCCGGUGUUUGACUACGUGUCUGACGGGCGGGGCGACAGCGCUCCCGGCUGGCCCCCUUUAGGCUCCUCCUCCGAAACGCCCAAGCAAGGGAACGCCACCCAGAAGGGCCCGAGGACUGCCGGUGACGCCAUCGAUCCCGCCGGCGCGGAUUCCCCCGCGGGCGGCGAAGACGAAGGAGAUCAGUCGUCCGUGGCGAACAUCCUGGAGCUCGGGGAAUAUGACGAUGAGCUGUACAGCCUGUACGAAGGGCAUUACGUAGAUUUCAACACAGAAGCCGAGCCGAGGUCUGACAUUUCUCGGAGAGGCGACACAUUUCUGGACGACCCUUCUGCGUCGGGCAACUCCUCCGCUGAGGGCAAUAAUACCUCGGCGAUAUCUCAAGGGGGAAUAAUUCGUACUGGAGCCGCAGGCCGAUACAGACCUGUUUCCAGGCUUUCGUGGUUUGACGCCUUGCUGUGCUCCAACAGAAACAUGGGGUGGAUGUUUGUGAAUUUCUUACUGGGAUUCCUUUUUCUUCUGAUGAGUCUCCUCGCCCCCUACCGCCUCCUGAGGCUUCGGGCGUGCACGCGCCUCCUCCCGCGCACGCACUACGUUGCGGUGCAUCUGCUGGUGUUCGUGGCAGCCUCCUUCAAGGCGGUGUACCUCUUCCACUUGACCUUCGGCGGGCAGGACCGGCUUCCUUUGGUCCUACUGCUACUCCUGACGAACACCAGCGUCCCCUGCUGGUCCUCCGCUUUCCUGCUCCUCAUCCUGAUGAUGUUUCUUGCCGCGGACGUCCAGGUUUACAAGCCGAAGCUAAUGACCGUCUACAACAUCUCCAUUUUGAUUGUGAUGAAGUUAGUUUUGUGCUUUAUUGCUGAUGUCAUAGUCGGUAGCGCACACAGCAAGAGUGUCUUGAUCUUAUCCAGGCUGAUGCUGAUCUGCGUGGCCGCGACUGUGAUCGUGUUCUACGUCCGCAAGCACCAGCGGGUCGUGCAAGUGGCGGAGAUCUUGAAGCGAGAGUUCCAGGGCGAGAUGAAGCUACUGGUGGUGCCUGCACAGGAGAACAGGCAAAUGGGCAUUAAGCACAUCCUGAGGAACCGUCUCUACCUGUGGUGCAAGGUGACGAGGCUGUGUGCCGGCGCGCUAGCGACGCUCUGCUUCAUCCACUUCUUCCACUCGAUCUUUCUCAUUAGUUCCCAGGUUCCUGCCUGGGCCUGGUGGAUCUUCCAUAUAUGUGGGUGUCUGACCGAGUUUUUACUUGGCGGAACAGUUUAUGUGGCAGCAGCUUUAACUCAGCGGUAUGAUGAAAAACUUCGUUUUAUUUAUAACUUCUUUGUUCCUUCAGGAGUGUUUCAAAAGAAGGGUCCGGCAGUACAUAAGGAGAGGAAUGGCAAUGCAAUAUACCAAAGAGUUUCCUAUUCAAGUGGAACGGAGAGCACUCAGUAUGUUUCAGGCACUGCCGACACAGGCCCUGCGGCCGUUGAAGAGGUGUCGGGGAGUCCUCGAGUUCCAAGGAGACGCGGCGCCACCGUCAGGAGAUCGGCCACGUUCUCUCACACGCCACAGGAUCCAAGGAUGUACCAAAGGCCGUAUUAUCAGCCAACGCACGUGCAGGUAGCGAGGUCCGGCUCAACGUCUCAGAUUCCUUGCUACAACUCAGGGUCUGUGUCUUUCUAUGGAAACACGUCGAUGUCACACGUCCCAAUCUAUAGCCCACCGAGCACGUCCUCCAUGCUGGUUCACGAGGAUGGCUUCGUCAGAAUCAAGACCCAGUUGGACCGUCACGAGGCGUCCCCAACGGCGCACGAGUCUCUCACAAGGCUUCACGAUCCACGCCUCUCGCAUCAGCACAUGUAUGACAGGAGUCAACAUCAGGCGAACGCUCUAGGACGGCAGGAGAGCUUCUACGAGAGCUUACCUCGCAGAAGAGGAAGCCAUCGCACCCCGGGGGCUCUCCACAAGAACAUCGAGGGGCCGGACCACGAGUAUCAGCCGGCAUCUGCGAGGAACAUUUGCCGCCUCCCAGACUUGCCUCAGUUGCACUACCACGGGAGGCACGACGCUGAUCGCCAGAGCCUUUACCAGAGGAGGGCCUCAAGGGACCCCAUGCUUAAGCAGAUGAACAACAUGGAUAGAGAGGAGAGACUGUAUCACUCUCCGAAUCUGAGAAGAAACAAUUCUCGGGAUCACAAUUUCCAGGCGAUGAACAACCUGGACAGAGCUGACUCUGAUUACCAGAACUUGUCUAGGAGAAAGAUGUCACGUGAAGAUAAUAACGACCCACUUCACCUAGCGGUUGCUGAGCCUGAGUAUCAAGCAGUCCCAAGUGGGAGAAGACCAUCGCGGGAGGGGAGACAUUCGGUUCAAAGUCCGUACGAUAAGCACGGGGUGAACUAUUACCUCCCGUCGCAUCAUGGAAGUCCCUCCGCCAGGCAUAAAGUGUCCAACUACUCCAUCGGAUCUCCUGUUUUACCCGAGGAUCCCUCAGCCACGUCGAUCCAUAACUUCUACAAACCGCACUCGCCGAGCAGCCCGCGGCGGGAGGCCCACUUCCCCAAGCUGUUCUCGGACCUUGGGAGCACGUCGAGUCUCAAGAGCGAGGAGCUGGACCACAGAGGACCCUUCCCCAGGACCAACCCCGUGCGCCGCAACCAUUCUUCAGCGGGCUACUUCCCCUCCAGGAACCUCGCCCUGGCAGAGAUCUCCGAGGACAGGCGCUUCAGUUCUCUCAGGCUGAGUCAGGUAAAGAAGCGCCAGCCGGGUUACGUCAUCAAGAGCAACACGAGCAAGCUGCUGAACAAAUACAUCGACCUGCUGCCCAGGCGGUCGUCCGUGAGCGGCGAAGUACCCAAGGAAGCGGCGGCCCAAGCGUCACCUCCUGACAGUGUCGAGACCUCAGAGAAGGACAGCAAAGUAUCAGAAUCUGAGGAAGAAGUGAGAGUGAAUAAAGGCAGUGAGGAAAGUGAGGACCCCGAGGAAAAGGGCGCAAGUGCUGGGGAAGGCGCAGAAGGAGGGAAAGGAAGGGAAAAUGACCCGGAUUGGGCGCUAGAACUUAUUAAAAGCAGUAGUAUGUUAACGAACUUUUACUCCUUAGAAAGCCCACAAGAACACGAAGAAGAAUAGACUUUUUGUGAUGAGAGAUUGUUGAAUCACAAAUAAAGUUUUAGAAUCGCAUGGCUACGAAAAUAAGUGUAAAAAAGACAAAAACACAUCAUAGGUACAAACUUUUGAAUGCCAGUGUUAAUCGUUUAAGAUUAAUAGCUGUGUUAAUGACUAUGUUGCAAGGAAGAAAAAAAUGGCUAAAAUUAUACAUAUCAGAUAUAUCUGCAUAUUUUGGAACUUCGUUUGUGGUUUUACAUCUUAAGAGAAUAUAUUUAUGUUACAUUUAUUUUUUCUUAAUGUACUGAAUUGUGAUGUUAAUACUAAGCCAAACACACCCAGUGUUUUAUAUGAUCAAAAUGGAUUUUCGUGGUUGACACACAUUUCGUGUACCAAAGCAUUUUUUCUUCUGUAAAUUGAAUACUAUUACAUUUCCUAGUCAAUA